AUGACCACGGAUGACAUCACACUCCAAUUCGCACUCACGGCCGGAAAGACCAUCGGAACCUCUGCUUCCCCUGCAUUGUCACCACUAAUUGACGAAGUAGAAGCUGCCAUGGCCCCUAUCGAGACCGAGAAGACCAUCGUUAACGAGGGUCUUUACCAGCGCAAGACUGCUGCUGAUGCAGCUACUAACAAGUCUGCCGCCACCUACACGUGGCAGGACGUGGCCAAGCACAACACAGACAACAGCGCUUGGGUCAUCAUCCGCGGAAUCGUAUACGACGUAACUGAAUGGGCGGAUCGCCACCCUGGAGGCCGUGAACUCGUGCUGCUGCACUCUGGUCGCGAGUGCACCGACACAUUCGACUCGUACCACCCAUUCUCUAACCGCGCCGAGAAGAUCCUGGCCAAAUACGCCAUUGGCAAGCUUGUCGGAGGCUCCGAGUUCCCCACCUACAAGCCUGACACAGGUUUCUACAGGGAAUGCUGCGACCGUGUGCACCAGUACUUCAAGGACAACAACCUGGACCCUCGCAGUCCGUACUCGGGUCUGUUGCGCAUGCUUUUCGUGGCUAUCCUUGGUGCGGUGUCCUACGUGGGUAUGAACCAGCUGCUGUCCGACAACAUCUACGCACACUACGCAUGGGGCGCCCUCUUCGGUGCGUGCCAAGCUCUACCUUUGCUGCACGUGAUGCACGAUGCCUCACACGCGGCCAUUACCAGCAGCCCUACAGGCUGGAGACUUAUCGGGCGUCUUGCAAUGGACUGGGUGGCCGGCGCCAACAUGGUGUCUUGGCUCAACCAGCACGUUGUGGGCCACCACAUCUACACGAACGUUGCGGGAGCUGACCCUGACCUUCCCGUGGACUUCAAGAGCGACGUGCGUCGCAUAGUGUACCGCCAGGUGUUGCUUCCAAUCUACAAGUUCCAACACAUCUACCUACCUCCGCUCUACGGCGUGCUCGGCCUCAAGUUCCGUGUUCAGGACAUCUUUGAGACGUUCAUCUCCCUCACCAACGGACCGCUACGUGUGAACCCCCUCUCUAUCGGUGACUGGGCUGAAAUGAUCAUCUCCAAGGCCUUCUGGGCGUUCUACCGCAUCUACAUCCCGCUGGUUGUGCUGCAGGUUAACCCCGCUCGCUUCUGGGGUGUUUUCCUUCUGGCCGAGUUUGUGACGGGCUGGUACUUGGCCUUCAACUUCCAAGUUAGUCACGUGUCCACGGCAUGCGACUACCCUGGUGGUGAUGAGGAGGUAUCGGCUAUCGAAGACGAGUGGGCUAUCUCGCAGAUCAAGUCAUCGGUAGACUACGCGCACGGCUCGUUCCUCACGGCGUUCCUCACGGGUGCACUGAACUACCAGGUGACCCACCACCUCUUCCCCGGCGUCUCGCAGUAUCAUUACCCUGCUAUCGCCCCGAUCAUCAUGGACGUGUGCAACAAGUACAAGAUCAAGUACACGGUGCUGCCUACGUUCUCAGCGGCUCUGGCUGGACACUUUGAGCAUCUCGUUGUCAUGGGAAAGAUGGGCAAGCGUGUGACCGUCCACAUGGGCUAA